AUGAAGGUCACAAACAUUGUCCUUACCGGAGCGAUACUUGCUACGGCCCAGGCUGGCCCGGUUGCGACCCGCGCAGCUAUCAACGAUGCCGAUAUUCUCAACUAUGCCUUGACGCUCGAGCACCUUGAGGCCACCUUUUAUGAGGAGGGUCUCAAGAACUACACCCGGGAAGAUUUCGUAAAGGCUGGAUUCAAAGAUCCAUUCUACGAAAAUUUGCAGGAAGUCGCUUUGGACGAGAAGACACACGUAGCCUUCCUCACGAAGGCUCUCACCGCUGCCGGCGCUUCUCCCGUUAAACGUUGCAGCUACUCGUUCCCUUCUUACGAUGUGGAGUCGUUCAUUGCCCUUGCUAGCAUCCUCGAAGGUGUUGGUGUGAGUGCCUAUCUCGGUGCUGCCGCGUCUAUUGCCAACAAGGACUACCUUACGGCCGCUGGUAGCAUUCUGACCGUUGAGUCCCGCCACAGCGCUUACCUACGCGCCUCCCUCAGUGAAGUUCCCUUCCCCCAGCCUUUCGACGACCCUCUCGACUUCGAUGAGGUGUACACCCUUGCGUCGCCCUUCAUUACCUCAUGUCCUGCCAGCAAUGGAAAGCUUCCUGUGAAGUCAUUCCCUUCGCUGACAUUGACCUCAACCCAAACUGUCGUCAGUGGCUCCAAGGUUCACUUGGUGGCUGGCAGCGGCUUCGACGACUCCAACCCGAGCAAUCUCUACGCUGCCUUCAUUACUGUUACUGGACCUAUCUGGGCUCCCCUCAAAUUCAAGGGAGAAAAGACGUUCACUUUGACUAUCCCUGAGGGUAUUGCGGGCCAGAGCUACGUUGUCAUCACCAAGGGCAAGAAGCAGGUAACCGAUGACAACAUCGUUGCUGGCCCCGCCAUUAUCGAGGUAAUUUAG